AUGCCUCAGUCAAUUCUUUUGCAGAAUGGCUUGGCCAUUCAACAUGACGAACAUGAUUCUGUUCGAGUCGUUGAGAACACCGACAUCUUGAUAGUAGACGGCAUUGUCAAACAAAUUGGAAAAUCAAUCAAGCCUCCACCUCAUGCUGAAGUUGUCGACUGCACCGACAAGAUCAUUAGCCCUGGGUUCAUUAACACUCAUCAUCACCUUUGGCAGACGCAGCUGAAGGGCUACGGAACAGACAACUGCUGGUUGGAAUACUUCUCAGAUGAUCUUCUGCAAGCCUUCAAUUAUACCCCUCAAGAUAUCUACUGGGGUCAAUUGGCAGGCUGUCUUGAAGCCAUCGACGCCGGAACGACAUUCGUUCUCGAUCACUGCCACGGCUGUAAAUCCCCCGAGCACGCCGAGUCUGCUAUGUCUGCAUUUUCCGACUCUGGCAUCCGUGGAGUAUUCGCAUACGGAGAAACAUUCCUAAAUCUCCGGAAAUGGGACACCGAAUCAUGCGUCCCGAAUGCCAUGUUUAUUUCCGAGCCAUUCAUCAAGCAUGUCGAGGAUUUAGCCCAGAGAGGUCCUUUUGGAAACGGUCGUGUCAAUGUUGGCGUUUCGUUUGAUGGAUAUCAUAUGCCACAGCAGGAACUCGAAAAGUUAUUCCGUCGAGCGCUGAAUGCUGGUAUCAAGCUCAUCACAUCUCACAGCGGCAAUUUCGGAUCCUCUGUACCAAAGGCUCUAGAGAAGUACUCUCUCUUACCGACCCCAGAAGACGACUACACCAUCAUCAUAUCCCAUGGCAACUACAUGGACGAUGAAGACUUCAGCAUCCUUAAGAAACAUCGCGUCCCUCUAGCAUGCACACCAGCCACAGAAGCUCAAGGUUCAAUGGGCUGGCAUCUCCUUUUCGAACCAGGCCUCACCACCUCCCUGGGCGCAGACUGUCAUUGCCUCACCUCCUCAUCACUCAUGCAAGCAGCCAGGACCGCCCUUCUUUUCUCUCGUCUCCAGAAGACUCUAAAGUAUAAAGAAAAAGGCCAAAAGGUCGAUAAAUUCGAUCAAACAAGUCACGACGUAUUCAACAAAGCGACCAUUGAAGCUGCGAGGGCUGUUGGUAUGGAGAGUGAGAUAGGGUCUAUUGGGGUUGGAAAAAGGGCCGAUAUUGUGAUAUUCUCCCGAGAUCAAUCGCUGGCAUUUGGCGCAUCGGCGAGGGAGGAACCAGUCGCGGCGAUUGUGACUUACAGUGAGGCCCGUGAUGUUGAUGCUGUUUUAGUAAAUGGCUGCUUCAGGAAACGGGAUGGAAAGAUGGUUCCUAUUAUAAAGGAUGGGCAGGAUAUUGGACUCGGUCUGGUCUUGAAAGAGCUUGAUCAGAGUCAGAAGGAUAUCAGGCUGAGGCGCGAAUCAUGCAACACCAGCAUUUCGAGGGGCCUAGUCUGCAGUAUCGUUCACCCAGAACAGGCAUAG